GAGGGAGGGAGGGGGCUCCUGUGGGGUCACUGGGGAGCCUAGGAUUCCAUGAGGCCAGAGGAUUGUGGCCUCAGGUCCUGAGGCGGAAUUCUAGAACCUCCAGCAGUUGGGAACACAAGAGCUGAACUGCUGCCUCCCUGGGGCUCUGGGACAGGAUCCCCGUGCCUGUGGUGUGUGGUGUGCGAAGCAGGAAUGUCCUCGUGGGCUGCAGGGGCCCCUGCCCGGCUGCCCGGCAGCCACUGACUGAGCUGGGCAGCAGCUGCUCUGACAGCAAGUGACCUGGGAAGCCAGGAGCACCCUUGGGCAGCCUCUCAAUCUCCCAGACUCCCCUUUGAGAGACUCCCUCCUCCUGUCUCGCUUGGCUAGGCCUCACAGGCCCCUCCUGCCCGACAGUGGACACUACACUGAACACCAAGACGGAGGAAGGACCUCCCCCCACAAAUGCCGGGACACAGAGGGAGGGAGAGCGGGUGCCAGCAUGUGCCCACCAGGCCCGCAGGGCAUCACGGAGAACCUGCACACAGCACCACAUGCCCCUGGCAUCGGUCUCCCUGUGCAGGGACCACCAUCUGCCCAUGGACACUCAGACCCAGCAGGUCUCAGGAGUCUGUCCGAGGAGGCCUGGGCUGAGUCCCUGUGUCCUGUCCACGCCCUGCUCCUCUGGCCCGGGGAUGAAGGCGGCCAGCGUCCUGGUCCUGCUGGGCUGCCUGCUGUCUGCCCAGCCCAAGGUCUACACCCGCUGCAAACUGGCCAAGAUCUUCUCCAGGGCCGGCCUGGACAACUUCCAGGGCUUCAGCCUUGGCAACUGGAUCUGCCUGGCAUACUACGAGAGCCGAUACAACACGACGGCACAGAAGCAGCUGAAGGACGGCAGCACCGACUACGGAAUCUUCCAGAUCAACAGCUUUACCUGGUGCCGCCGUGAGAAGCUGCAGGAGCAAAACCGCUGCCACGUGGCCUGUUCAGCCCUGCUCACGGACGACCUCACGGACGCCAUCAUUUGCGCCAAGAAGAUUAUCAAGGAGACAGAAGGGAUGAACUACUGGCAGGGCUGGAAGAGCCACUGUGAGGGCAAGGACCUCAGCGAGUGGAAGAAGGGCUGCGAGGUCUCCUGAGUGGACGCUGGCCCAGCCUGCAGCCUCCCCACACCUGACCCCCCUCUUCUCUGACCCGCACCCCAGCACAGGAGGGGACAGACAAAUGUAUUUUGGGGAAUAAAUGUCUCCACUUUAAUGU